AUGGCAUCCUUUGCUCGCUGGUACAACGCCAAGCUGGCUUCACGGCCUUUCCUCACCCAAAGCAUCACUACAGCAGCAUUAUUCGCUACCGGUGACAUCGCAGCGCAGCAGUUGGUAGAGAAGAAGGGGGCAAAAGACCACGACUUUGCCCGUACAGGCCGCAUGACUCUCUAUGGUGGCACCGUCUUUGGCCCCGUUGCCACCUUCUGGUACGGCUUUCUAGCGCGCAGGGUCGUCUUCCAAAGCAAGAAGAUCGAGACGAUUGCCCGCGUCACCUGCGACCAGACCGUCUUUGCACCCGUCAUGAUUGGCGUGUUCCUUGGCAGCAUGGCUAAGCUCGAGGGCACCGAUGCCCAGAAGCGUAUCGAGAAGACAUGGUGGCCGGCACUCAAGGCCAACUGGAUGGUUUGGCCUGCUGUUCAAACGAUAAACUUUGCAGUUGUGCCGCUUCAGUUCCGUCUACUCUUUGCCAAUGUGGUUGCUAUCGGCUGGAAUUGCUAUCUGAGCUGGAUCAACAGCCAGUAA